AUGAAGAGGAAUAGACCAACAAAUUCGCGGAUUGAACAAUUGGAAAAAGAGAAUGCAUUCCUUCGAAAACAAUGGUCUCAGCUAGAAACCGGGAGUAUCGGCACGGUCGACAGGGCUAGGUUAAACCGGACAGAGAGCCCGCUGGCCUCACUCAGCCCAGCGCACAACAGACCCACAGCCUCCUCGAUCUCUAGCCAUGUCGAGCCUUCCCCUAGAGAGCAACAUUCAACUAGGGGCCGGGAUACUUCCCACCCAGAAGUACCGGACAGCGAUAAUCGCCGAACAAGCGCGUCAUUGUACCACGGGCCCACUAGUACGGUAUACGAUGACACCGCGAAUCUGGAGGCCAACGAGGAGAAUGGAGAAUCUUCUAACUCGUUACUCAAUGAGGAAUGUGCUCGCCAUCUUCUUUUUGCCCAGACUGCUAGGGAAAGGCAAAUGGAGCCGCUUAACCUGGCAGCUCGUAAAUUAGACUUUGAUGAAGUUAAUCCAGAACUUGGAAUGCACUUGCUAUCGAUCUACUGGAGCCGUCAGCUAUAUACAGCUCAGAUCAUAUAUCGCCCGGUUUUCAUGCGGGAUAUGGCAUGCAACGGGCCAUAUUUUUCAAAACUAUUGCUCAAUGCUGUCUUGUUUACAGUUUCAAAGCACUGUCCCAGACCUGAACUCCGAUCAGAUCCUGAUGAUAUAACCACAGCUGGUUGGCGGUUUCGACAAAGGUUUACGGAGCUUCUCCGUGACUCAUUUGACAAGAGUGAGAUUACUACUCUCCAGGCCUUGCUCGUCAUGUCAAAUUCCCUGUUCUCGAGAUGUGAUGAGCGCAGUCUCUCCUGGCUUUAUGCAGGCAACGCUUUCAACAUGAUUAUAGACCUUGGUUUGCAUGUUUUGCCUUCACCAAGCCUCAUACCACCGCUACUCCGGCAAGUCAACUUCAAAGCUUCUUUGAACUUCCUGGACGAGUAUGAUGAACUCGACGCCUUUAAAGACAUUACAUACAAUAAAGUUCAACAUCAAUAUGCCAUACCAUCGCUCAAUGUCUCUCUUUUGACAAAAUUGUGCGAGCUAUCCAUCAUCAGUGAACGUAUCCUCUGCGAACUUUACUCCGAGUCACAAAAUAUGAGCCAAAGUCAAAACCACAAGAUUGCCAAAGAUAUAAACUCGGAUCUCGCCAGGUGGCGCUCAAGCCUCCCUCCCCAACUCGACUACCUAUCACACCCUGACCAAUCACUGCUUCUUCCACAAGCAUUUUGCCUCCUGGCUCUUUCGAACGUCCUCGUCAUCCUCUCUCAAAGACCCCUGUUCACGGGUAACAAUGGCCAUGCGCGCCACUCAACAACAGCAUUUGAAGCGGUGAAUGUAUGUACAACAGCCGCGAAUUACAUCGUACAAAUUCUUCGCGACUACUCUCAACACUUUCUGAUAACCACCGCACCGUACAUCAUGUCAUAUGCCACAUAUAUCGGUGCUACUAUUCACGCCCGGAUUGUUGCGCAGAAGGGCAAAAGUUCGAGCUCUUUCCAAUCCUUGAUAUUUUGUCAAAGCAUUCUAGAGCAGCAGCAAUGCCUCUACGGGGCGGCUGGAAAGGCGAAAGCCAAUCUCGAUAAGCUCGUCGGCCAUCUAGGAAUCAGUAUCAACCACGACGACCAGAUGGCAGUGCUUGAUGGACUGCUAUCCAGAGACGAGAUCCCUGUCACCGACAGUUCAUCCUUCCCCGGACCUAUAAACAUCACGGAUCAAGGCAUCGAGAUGAGGUCUCCGCAGCUCAACUGGGGCCUAUCUGAUCUAGAUCUUGAGGCCAUUGCCCAAGGAUUUCGCCUGGACGGAGAACUGCAUUAUCUCAUGCAUCCUGUCGGAAUAUGA